CCCGGGAGGCGCGUGCGCGCUGCCUCUGGAUAAAGCGGUGGCGGCGGCACACGGACGGGCACUCGUCGUCUCGUGGUGCUCGCGAGAUGUGAGCCAGAACAAGUGACUCGAAAUGCCCAUCAUGGAAGCGAUUUUCUCGUCGAGCACCCUUGAGGACCUGAGCAUACCACUGGGGAGCGGUGAGGAGACCCCGCAGCCGGUGACGGGCUCCUCGGUGCCCCUCGUGCUGUGCCCCUUCGUGCCCCGAGACAACGCCACCAUCGACGAGGAAGAUCCGCGCAUCACCACGCUGAAGCAGGUCGCGUACGGUGUCGCACUCCCGGCCAUAUGCACCCUCGGCGUCGUUGGAAACCUGCUCAACCUGCUCGUGCUCACACGCAGAAACAUGAAGGGAACCGCUUACAUCUUCAUGAGGGGUUACGCGGCCGCGUCCCUGCUCGCGAUUCUCUUCGCCAUCCCUUUUGGUCUUCGCGUGGUGAGCCGACGUGAGGCAGGUCAGUGGAGUAGUCUGCCCCAAGCCUUCUACCACGCUCACCUUGAACUCUUUCUCGGCAAUGCCUGCCUAGGAGUAGGUGUGCUGAUGCUGCUGGCUCUGACGGUGGAACGCUACGCAGCCGUGUGCCAGCUGAGCGGUGGAUCAUCGCCGCAACGGGCGCGCACAGCCGUCGCCCUAAUCCCGGUGCUCACCUUCCUGCUCUACCUUCCAAACGCGUUUCGCACACAUCUCACCAGAUGCGGCGCACCUUACGGUCCCGACGGAGAGAUGACCGUCGUUUUCCAGCGCAGGGACAACGUCAGAUUCCUCAUCUCACCCUUCUACUCCAUCUAUAAAAUCGCCCUCGAGAUUAUAUUCAAGGUGGGACCAACGAUUCUACUAGCGGGCCUCAACGCUCGCAUUCUAAUCGUGUACCGGCGCUCGUGCGCCCGCAGACGGAAACGGCGCGGCGCGUUGCUCGAGUCGUGCAGACAAUACGCCGAGGAGAAACGACUGGCGCUCUUGCUCGGCUCAACGUCGCUGCUUUUCUUCGCCUGUGUGUCGCCAAUGGUGAUUCUCAAUGUCACCCUCUCGGAGCACAAUCUCAGCUCCUACAACUACCAGAUUUUCAGAGCUAUUGCUAACGUGCUGGAGGUCACCAACUACUCGCUGACUUUUUACAUCUACUGCCUCUUCUCCGAGGAUUUCCGCAACACGCUCCUUCGAACGGUCAACUGGCCCUGGUGGGGUGAAAAAUUGCCACCCAACGGCCUUGGCGUGGGACCUUCAGCGAAAGGCCUCAAGGGGUCUCCCCCGAUCACUCAGCAGACAGCCACCCCUACGCCGCCGAGAGCGUGCACCCUCGCUUGCACCACGUCGACGACAGGGGCCGCCGCCACUGCCGUUCUUGCUGCUAACGUGGAAGAUCAGCGUAUUCCAAAAGAAUCCCCUCCGAGUGCAUUUAGAGCCCUCGUUACCAGCUGCUUGGGCAAACUGACCUGCGUUAAAGGCCGCCACAGCUCUACCGGCAGUUCAGUGGACCGCGUGAUCGUCUGAGAACUGAGCCUGCUGUGUUUUUCUGAUGAAUGUUCCCUCAGCAAUCCCUGUCAAGUGCUCGUCUGAAAGCAAGAAAAAGUGCCCCACUUGCCCAAACACAAUAACACUUGUGCAAUACCUAGAUGCAAUCUUCACAACAUUCCCACUAACCUAUGUAAGUGCAUAUGUAUGUAUAGGAAAGUGCGCAUAUAUAAUAUUUAUUUUCCAUUGUACGCAAGAGAAUUGUAUUAGAGGCGUGCAUUAUACCAGCAGAUAACGCAUUUUAUUCUACUUGCGACACUUUUUACGGAAAUUCCACCCAGUGCUGGGAGAUGCACAAACGUUGUUCUUUACUUGAUUCCCUAUAUCGCACGAUAACACUCUUUUGCCAACGUGUGCACUGCCCUCCGCGAGUCUAUUUUGCCACUUUUUCCACUGUCUCAGUUUCUCAACUUUCAACUUCUCUCGGGUAAGGCAAAAAUAUUAUAGCCACCGUAAAACUCCUCAUCUUCUAGACCAAUGCGUCGAUUCCCGAUAAAUUUGCUGACGAAGAAGUCAACAGAAAAAAGGUGCAAGAGCGACAAAAACACAUUUCCCUUUUAUUUGCGCCAACCCAGAACGAAUCUGAAAGCAACACAAAAUUGAAAUUCAGCUAAAUUCUUCAAUAAUUUUAAAAUUAACAGAUUUCCGAUUUUAAAAAGUCAAUUGAAAAGGUAAGAAUAACAUUAAUCACUAAUUAAUGGAACUAAAUCACUGGUUGGCAUAUGUUUUGGUUUAAAUAAGAUUUUUGUUAAAAUUUAAUAUUAUAAAUGUGUUAUUUGAUAAGCUCUAUCUGUGUUCACUUGGGAACAAUAUAAUUAAAAUACUGUCAUUUCCAUGCACAAAUUAACUAAAAAUCUUUACGCGUGCAAAUGUAGUUUGACUAAACCAAUCUCUCUUGUCAAUGACGAAUGCGACAAGCAAAUCAUGCAGCGCAUUUUACCUCUCCAAAAGCAGAAGUUGACGAGAAUCUAAGAUUCUUGAGUUGUUUCUAUUUACACAAAACUAUGUAAAAAUGCCAAAGAUGUUAAAAAACAAUAGCUGUCCAUAAUGAUGUGUGUCUUGCAGAAAUUGUAUUUUUAUUAUUUGUAGAAUUUUAAUUUUUAAUGCUCACCACAUCUAUUUUUGCAGUGAGGUUAAUUCAACACCGAAUUUUAUUUUCACUCUCAUAAUGCUGAGUCGUCGUUCGUUGAGAAACAAUUUAAUAAGCUCAAAGGGAAAGAGUUGUUUAGUGAUUUGCCGAGAUAAAAGCACCAAAGUAUCCUCAAAAUUUCUAUUUUGGCAAGCGAUAGUCAACUGUUUGAAUAUGUGAAAAUUUUAUCUUCUGGAAAAGCAACAAUAUAUUCAUAGUCUGAGGUGAAGAGGACAAAGGGACAAGUUAAGACUGAUAAUUUUAAAUAUUAAAAAAGGCCUCGCUGAAUUUCAAAGUCGUCAUCAUCAUCUUCACACUAACUCAAAUUUCAAAAGUAAAAUAAUGCAAGGGGUCGUGUCACUAAUUCGUUAAAAUGAAACUCAAACUUCGAUUGGCCUCUUUUUUCCUUACGGUUGUAGCGAUUUGCAUGAGGUAGUGAAUUUUGAUAUAUACAUAAUUCCGCUUUUGUAGCUGGAUAUAUCAAAGUGCUUUUAGCUGAUGUACAUAAGUAUAUUAUUUCUUGAUCGCUAGAUGGAUGACGUGUAGAAAAUUCACAAAGCGUCACAGUAGUGUGCAUUAGAGGUAGCUCUGUUAUUGACAAAAUUUUCAAACAAUUGGAUUGCAAAAUUGCCGAAAUGUGACCUAGAAUGUGAUGCGCGCGUUUUGCCAGUAGGAAAUGCUAGAUUCGUGAGUAGUUUCGUCUCGGCCACGAGGAAACACGCGAAACUGCACUCACAGCGUCCAAAUCGAAUCUUUUUAAUAUACAAUGGUGAAGGCUGUCGAAUGUGAUGAUUUGAGAUUUUCAUAAAGCGACACGUGCUGGUUCCGAAGUUUUAAUUAAUUUUAACGAGAAACACGCUCAUCGCGUGCAAUAGCUCUAGAAUCUAUUUACUCACUGUUAUUGUUGUCUCACUGUUGGAGAGAGAUAUAUAAAACGGAAAAAAAACACACAAACUUGUAUACACACACACACACAACACGCAUCUAUUGGAAUACUUUUGCUCUCUAUAAUUGUUGUAAAUUGACUAAAAGUGAAUGAGAAUUUCAAAUAGACGGCAUGCAACAAAACUUUGAAAAAGACUGAUCAUGUACUCUCAGACUCAUUUUGGAGAUUUGAGCAGCUGACCUCUUCAGAUUAUAUGGUUAAAUUACAUAAAAUACUACUAAGUUAAAUUUUUAAAUAGAGUUUUUAAACUAAUCUUGUAGGCAUAAUUCAGGCCUUUGUACCCAGAGAGAAUGAGUAAGAUAAGCUAUAAAAUUACAACUGAAUGCGAAAAGAAGCGUGGCGAUUCUUAUUGUUCAUUUAAUUUUAAAUGUUUCCAAAACAAAUUGAUGCAUAAUAUUAUUUCGAUCUGUGAAUUUUGUAAAAUCAGCUGAAUCUCUUGAGAGACUGUUCUGAGAAAAACUCGACUAAUAAAAUUUGCACAGUCGUAGUAAUUGGAAUAAAUGCUACGUAAAAUGUGCCACUUCAGCUACCCCCAAUUUUUGCAAGUCGUCUAUUUGUCUGCGAAACAGAGACCAAAUAAUGGAAUGGAAAAUUGGUGCUCAUUACAGCACCCAGGCAAUCGGAAAUAAAAUUGAUUUGCUGUGCAUGAA